AUGUAGCGACCAUGCAGAAGAUUUGAGAAAUCCCCCAUGCGUUUUGCUUGCUUUUAUGAUUGUUCUUAUUUUUCUUUAAAUAUAUGUGCUAUUGUAUGCCUUUACUAUAAAAUAAUGUUCUCAAUAAAUUUAAAGCACAGUCUCUAUUUUGUAUAAGUAUAAACAUUAACAUUGAAACUUAUCGAUUUUUAUACUGUUCACUUACUGGAAAAUUUACCAUGUACAGAGAGAGCAUAGGAUGCAUGAAAUUGGAGGAACUUUAUGAGAGCAAUAAAAUAAUAAUCAGGUACUUUUGAGCCAUCUCAGGAAAUGAUGUUGAAACUACAUGCCUUAGAAAAACAAGCUACAGAAGGUCCUUGCUAUAUACCUAAACCUUACAUAUGGAAUACUAGUGCAAGAGCAAAAUGGAAUACUUGGUAUAAUUUAGGAGACAUGUCUCAAGAAACCGCUAUGAAAAAUUACAUUGAUGAAUUAACUAAGGUAAUUGAAACAAUGUCUUACAAUGAAAAAAUAGCCAAAUUUGUGUCUUUAAUGGGGCCAUUCUUUGAAGAAGUUAUUCCUUCUACUGAAGAAAAAGGGAAAUGGUCAGAAAAUUCAAUUUCUUCCACUGUUUUAGAAAAUUAUAAUCCACCUACUAUUUCAGAAUUAUAUCAUAUGUCCAAAAUUGGGAAAGAUGAUAGGUAUUCACAUUCUGAAUCUAAUAGAUUUGACUUACCCCAAAAUUUUGAGUUCCUAGACAGUCAUCCAGAGAAUUCAUCUGAUUCAUUAUCUACAACAUCUAGUGAAAUAUCAAAUUUCGACAUCUUAUCUGAUCUUUCUGAUUACGAAUCUCCUGAAACUACUGAAAGAACUGCUUUCAACAGGCUUAAAAAUCCAAAAGUUGCUCGAGAUUGUGCUGUUUUUAAUGACAAAUAUUUCCUAAUGUUAGCUCUUAUGAAUUUGCAAAAGUCUAUGGAAGGCAUUUUGAAGAAGCUUGAUAAUUUGAACAUUUUAGCUGAAUCUACUAAUCUAGAAAAUUUAGAAACAAUAAAUAAUCGUUUAGAUUAUGGUGAAUGGAGUUUGAAUUCAGCUGGAACAGUUUUUGCUCUUGUAUGGCCUUUUGUUGUAGAUUUAUGUUUUCAUGUCCUAAGGAAUAAAUAAAGGCAUCUAUUUACAUCCAUUUCAUUUUUAUCAGUACACUGUUAUUAUGUAAAUAAUAAUUUAUUUAUUUUAAUUUGUAUAUAAUAAAGCUAACAU